CCAAGCUCUGUGCACAUAUUUCCAUUUUCCUUUAGGAUCGCCUGUUUUCCAAGUUAUGAUCCCUCCCAUUCCAGCUCCCUGCCUCCUCCCUUCCCGCCUGCUCUCCAUAACCCAAGGGGGCUUCCUGUCUCCCCCACACCAUCCUUUGAUCCGGACAUGGUACAGAAGUAAGUUAGGUCACCACCACAGCAAUCUGAUCUGCUUGGGCUGGCUGCACAGAUUUUGCUCCAUCUACGCUUGGUUCCUGGGCAGCUUGGUCCGGCCGCAAGGGAGGGCAAGACUCUGAAAGGAGGUCUCCAGGUCACCCUCUCUCCGGACUGUGUCUGGCUGUGACAUAUAUGAGAUACCACCUCUGUCAGAAGAGCAUCACCCUCACCUGAGAUCAAGGGCAUGGAAAGGCCCUAGCCACUAGCCAUCUCCCAAUGAGGAGGUGCCAGAGAAUGUCCUUGCUUCUGAAGUGCUGUCUUCUGUGUCUGACAGGGGCCAGGUGAGGGACACUGGGACCUGCUGGAUCACCUCAGCUCUCCUUCAUCUGAGGCUUCUUUUGAAAAGGGAACAGCUGCUUAGCUCAUCAUGUCUGGCCUGUCUCUGACCAGGGACAGGUAGUGAUUCCUCACAUCUAGUGCUGUGGCAGUUCUCUGUGCCUGUCCACACGCAGUGGGUCUGGGUCCUGAAUUCGCCACCCCAUGACCAAGGGCCAACGUAAGAGAAGCUAUUGCUACACCAGAUCUGACAUCGAGCUUGACCCUGGGCCGCCAUGAGCCAAAGCACCAGUUCUCGGCUAGCGGACUCACCUCAGCUCUCCAAGAGCAGUCUCCUCAACAUCCUGGGCAGCCCCCAACCUGAGAGGAUGAGCCUGCCGGACUCCAUGCCCCCUACCCCAAAGAGUGGCACACCCUCACCGGGGCCGCCCCAGCUCCCCCUCUUGGGCGCCGUGUGCCUGGACAGUGACUGGGAGAGCCGGGAGGAGCUGCGGCUGAGGGAGCUGGAGGAGGCACGGGCUCGCGCAGCCCAGAUGGAGAAGACCAUGCGCUGGUGGUCAGACUGCACGGCUAACUGGCGGGAAAAGUGGAGCAAGGUGCGGGCAGAGCGCAACAAGGCCCGGGAGGAGGUGCGCCAGCUGCGGCAGAAGCUGGAGACCCUGACCAAGGAGCUGACCAGCCUCAAGCGGGAGCGGCAGGAGGUGCUCAAUGAGAAUGAGCAGCUUGGCAAGGAGGUGGCACGGUUGAAAGGGGAGGGCGAGGAGGAGAAGGAGAAGGAGCUGGACAACAAGGUGGCCUCAGAGAAGGAGAACGAUGGCUCCCCAGACCAGGAGCCUGUGCGGGAUGUGGGCUCUGACAAGCUGGCUAGAAACAAGGAGUUUGAGCUGAUGGAAAACAUACUGAAGAGCAAACAAGAAGGGUCUGAAUGGGACCAGCGGAGUGUGGUCAGCGUCCGGACUUCCUUCACCCGCCAGGAGAGGAACCGACUGCUCUGGGAGGACAUGAGCGUCAUUGAGGAAGAUGCCACCAAAGUGACUGCCCUGAAGCUGAGGCUGGAUGAGUCCCAGAAAGUGCUGCUGAAAGAGCGGGAGGAUAAAUUGUCACUCAGCAAGAACAUCGAGAAGCUGGAGGGUGAGCUCAGCCAGUGGAAAAUCAAGUAUGAGGAGCUGAACAAAAACAAGCAAGAAGUGCUCAAACAGCUGAACAUCCUGAAGGAGCUCCACCAGGAUGAACUGGGGCGGAUCUCAGAGGACCUGGAGGAUGAGCUGGGGGCCCGCUCCAGCAUGGACAAGAAGCUGGCAGAGCUUCGCACAGAGAUGGAGCGGCUGCAAGCAGAGAAUGCAGCAGAAUGGGGGAAGCGCGAGCGCCUUGAGACAGAGAAGCUGAACCUGGAGCGGGAGAACAAGAAGUUGCGGGCUCAGAUUGAGGACCUGGAGGAGGUGCUGGCCCGAAAACGCCGGCAGACAGCCAGUGCACUGGACACUGAUCUCAAAACCAUCCAGACUGAGCUCUUUGAGAAAAACAAGGAGCUGGCUGACUUGAAGCACAUCCAUACCAAGCUGAAGAAGCAAUACCAGGAGAAGACAGCUGAGCUGGCUCAUGCCAACCGCCGUGUGGAGCAGCAUGAGGGUGAGGUGAAGAAGCUGCGCUUGCGAGUGGAGGAACUCAAGAAGGAGCUGGCCCAGGCAGAGGAUGAGGUUGGUCCAUGCACACAUGCCCUGCCCAUCACUCCAGUGCAGGGGGGUGGGAGCCUGCAGAGUCCAGUGGAGUCACCCUCAGCAAAGAACUGGGAUUUGAGGCUGGCCAUUCAGAUGUCCCCAUUGAUCAGCAGCAGUGACCCCCAGUCCCUGAG